AUGCACGCGGCGCAGGGCGCGGAGCCGAAAGCUGGGGACGGCGCCACCUUUGGCGAUUUGAAGCGCCCGUUUGUGUUCCUGAGCGUCUUCAAGUGGGAGGCCCGCAAGGGCUGGCGUGAGCUGCUGCGCAGCUUCACCAAGGCCUUUGGCCCGGGGGACAACGUGCAUCUGCUCAUCCUGGCGCGCCCCUUCAUGGGCAGCGGCAGGGACUUUGGGGUCCACCUGAGGUCGUGGGCUGCGUCCGAGCUGAACAUCACCAGCCAGGAGGACCUGCAGGACACUCUGCCACGGGUGUACGUGUCAGGCCGUCAUGUUGAUGAGGCGACCUUUGUGCGCGUGUACCGCAGCGUGGACGCCCUGGUCAUACCCACACACGGCGAGGGCUGGGGGCGCCCACAGAUGGAGGCCAUGGCGAUGGAGCUGCCGGUCAUCUCGACAAACUGGAGUGGCCUGACUGAGUUCAUGUCUCCUGAGGUGGCCUACCCCCUGGCCAUAGAGGGCCUCGUCACCAUCAAGAAGGACGGGGACCCCCAGUUCUUCGGGGCAUUCGAGGGCCAGCAGUGGGCCCAGCCCAGCGAGGCGCACCUGCGGCAGCUGAUGAGGCACGUGGUGGCGCACCCCCAGGAGGCGCGCGCCAAGGGGCGGGCGGCGAGGGAGAUGGUCAGGGCCCGGUUCACCCCGGCGGUGCUGGCGCAGGCGGUGGAGCGGCACGUGCGGCGGAUACAGGGGGCCCUGCUCGCGAAGCAGGCGGGGCCGCGGCGGGGGGGCGGGGGGAUGCUGCGCACGCAGGGGGCGCCGCAGGCCGGGGGCUGA